AUGUCUGCUGCUUCCGCUGCUUGUCUCUUCUGUAGGAUCGUGAAGGGCGAGAUCCCUAGCUUCAAGCUCUAUGAGAGCGAACGAGUCCUAGCCUUUCUUGACAUAAUGCCACUGAGCAGGGGCCACGCGCUCGUCAUCCCCAAAUUCCACGGUGUCAAACUGACUGAUAUUCCCGAUCAAGACCUUGCUGAGCUUCUGCCCGUUGCCAAAAAGUUAGCAAUUGCCUCGGGCGCCGUGGAUUUCAAUAUCCUCCAGAAUAACGGAAGACCAGCCCACCAAUUUGUUGAUCAUGUUCACAUUCACAUGAUACCAAAACCAAACGAGAAAGAGGGGCUCACUGUUGGUUGGCCCAACGCAGAGGCAGACAAGGAGGAGCUCAAGGCGCUUUGCGAAGAGAUGAAGGCGAAGAUGUAA